UGUGGCAGAGUAUGAUCUGGGCCACCUGAAAUUGUGGAUGAGAUUGUAGAGAUAUCUUCCUUUUUCUCUCAACAGAAAGCUUCCGAAGAACCUUUAUGAACUAAUAUCCAUGAAUCCCAUUUCAUAACUCUCAUUAAUCGAUACAAUGGAGCUCUUCCUUCUUCCAUCAUACAAGCAAAAUCCCACCAUUUUCUACAAACCCCUUACCCCUUUUCCCAUUAUCGGGAAGAGACGGCCAUCUCUUUUCCCUUGUCGAUGUUCAUUAUCGUCCUCUCAUGGCGGACCUUCAGAACAAGCCAAAGAAUCGCUGCGGUGUGAGGGAAGAAGGGCAUUGAUUGGUGGUUUCCUGUCGACGGCUGCGGGUUUAUAUUUCUGCAGUGUAGCCCAUGCUGUUAGCACAAGUCGAAGGGCUCUAAGAGGGGCAAAAGUACCUGAAAGUGAGUUUACAACUCUCCCAAAUGGUCUGAAGUACUAUGAUUUGAAGGUUGGAGGAGGAACUAAGGCCGUGAUUGGAUCGCGCGUUGCAGUUCACUAUGUGGCUAAAUGGAGAGGGAUCACAUUUAUGACCAGUAGACAAGGGCUUGGUGUUGGUGGAGGAACGCCUUAUGGAUUUGAUGUAGGCCAAUCAGAAAGAGGAUCAGUUCUCAAGGGAUUGGAUUUAGGUGUUCAAGGCAUGAGGGUUGGAGGUCAGAGAUUGCUUAUAGUCCCUCCUGAGUUAGCUUAUGGAAGCAAAGGCGUUCAGGAAAUCCCUCCAAACGCAACAAUCGAGUUGGAUGUGGAAUUGCUAUCCAUCAAACAAAGCCCAUUUGGGACUCCAGUAAAAAUAGUUGAAGGUUAAUAAAAAGAACUAUUCUGGCCUGAAUCAGCUCUAUAUCUCAGUGAUUUGGAUUAGCAAAGAUUGAAAGUACAAAAACUGGUGCAGAAGGGAAAAGUUUCCUGUUCUUAGUCCUUUUUUUUCCAGAAAGAUAUGCCCAUUGCCAUGUUGUUUAAUGUUUAAAUUCAUUCUCCUGUCUUAUGAAUAUCACUUGUACUUUAUGGAAAGCAACUGAGCUGGUAGUGCAGGUUCCAUUAUAGUA